AGUAUGUCCUAACUGCAACAUCUCCUCUGUUUCUUCCAUAGCCUGAUUGAUGAUCAUAGGCAGAAAAUAGGGGUAUACGUCUUAUAGCUGGUCUGUCCGUCCAGUGGGAAAUUCAACAGCGACAGAUGUUUGUUAUUUCAUGAUAACGGAUGCGGACGACUACGACAGCCGGUUUAUAUGCCAUGACUUUAACAUCACUGCAAGCAAUGCCAGCACGACAGCGGCUCCCUCGUCUACCACUCAGGAAUACGAUUCCACAUCCACGGCAUCUUCGGGUACUUGCAGUAAAACCGGGUUAUCCCCACAGGCAAAGGUAGAGAUUAACGUUAGUGUCGGCCUUAGUUGUGCAUUUCUCAUAGCCCUCGACGCUGCUAUUUGGUACUUCCAUCGCCGAACAGCCGCGGCUGUUCGUCAAGCAAAACUUUCUAUGGCCUGGUGAGCCUGAUAAUACACAAUAUCCUUCCUCAUCAACAGUCACGGUCGGGAUUCCUCCAGUUGGGGUUCAAGGUGACUUGGUUGCUCAUAACAGUGUCAGAU